AAAAACCAUUAGUAAAAUCUGAGCCGCAUCCUAAAUUCUUCACUGGUCCAAGUUUCAGAAUUUCCAGGGAAGUCGCCGACGAUUUCAAUUUUGAUCGAGUGAUAGACAAGUAUUGGAACCGUUGGAUGAUAUUGAAUUGAUAGCUGUCGACAAGAAGGACUUGAAGGGGAUUGAUUGUUGUCCAUGUCUCAUGUCUGUAAUCUUUGCUUCCAGUAAAUAUAGUGCUUUCUGAAAGUUUGGAAAACUUCCCACCUUCAUGCUGCGUGCUUCCUCUCAACGUUACAUAUCGAUUUCUUCAUGUUGCCACAAGACCCAUCUCUCAUUUCCAUCAAACCUCAGCGGUUCAAUCUCUAUAAACUCUCACUAUGCCCAGAUUAAAUCACAAACCUCUAUCGCCCAUGAUGAACUUCUGGAUUUCUUUGACCUUCUUCUUCCGCAAUGCACCACAGUUCAACACUGCAAACAAGUUCACAAUCAAAUUGUUGUCAGUGGCACACACCGGGCGGCGUUCUUGGCCGCCCGGCUUGUGUCUGUCUAUACACGUUUCCAGCUCGUUAUGGAUGCUCGGAAAGUGUUUGAUGCCAACCUAGUUGAGGGGCUUUCCAACUUGCUUUUGUGGAAUUCGAUUCUGAGGGCUUGUGUCUCAAAUGGGUACUAUGGAGAAGCCUUUAAACUUUAUGAUAAAAUGCGAAAGCUUGGGAUUUGGGCCGAUGGGUUCACUUUGCCUUUGGUUAUAAGGGCAUGUAAAUUUAUGUGUAGUUUUAAUUUGUGCAAGACUGUUCAUGGUCAUGUUUUACAAAUGGGUUUCCAAAAUCAUCUUCAUGCUGUGAAUGAAAUGAUUGGAAUGUACGGGAAGCUUGGGCGAAUGGAGGAUGCCCGACAUUUGUUUGACAGAAUGGGUGUUAGAUGCUCUAUUUCGUGGAAUACAAUGAUUUCCGGUUAUGCCUAUAACUAUGACUGUAAUUGUGCAUAUGAGAUGUUUCGGCGGAUGGAGUUGGAAGGGUUGAAGCCGAACCCUGUGACAUGGACGUCAUUGUUGUCAAGUCAUGCUCGAUGUGGGCAGACUGAAGAAACCAUACAGUUGUUUCGUAUGAUGAGGAUGAGAGGAACUGGGGCUACUGCUGAAGCGGUUGCUGUUGUGUUAUCUGUAUGUGCUGAUUUGGUUGCGGUUGGCAGGGGUAAGGUCAUUCAUGGAUAUGUUAUAAAGGAUGGGUUUGAAGAUUACUUGUUUGUGAAGAAUGCACUGAUAUGUAUGUAUGGGAAAUGCGGAGAUGUAAAAGAUGCACAUAAUUUGUUCUUGAAGAUGGAAACAAAGAAUCUAGUGAGUUGGAAUGCUUUGAUAACAUCAUAUGCCGAAUCUGGAUUUUGUGAUGAGGCUUUUGCAAUAUUUUCACAGCUGGAUACUUCAGAUGAUUAUCCUAUGGUUAGACCUAAUGUCAUAAGUUGGAGUGCCAUUAUUGGUGGAUUUGCUUCCAAGGGCCGAGGGAAGGAAUCCUUGGAACUCUUUCGGAAAAUGCAGCUUGCCGAAGUCAUGGCUAAUUGUGUGACAAUUUCCAGUGUUUUAUCGGUUUGUGCAGAGUUAGCAGCACUGAAUCUUGGUAGGGAAAUACAGAGUCAUGUAGUUAGGGCUUUGAUGGACAGUAAUAUUUUGGUAGGAAACGGCUUGAUUAAUAUGUACACAAAGUGUGGAGCUUUCAAAGAAGCACAGUUAGUAUUUGAGAAAAUUGAUGGUAGGGAUUUAAUCUCCUGGAAUUCAAUGAUUUCAGGGUAUGGGAUGCAUGGACUUGGUGAAAAUGCUUUGAAAACUUUUGAUGAGAUGAUUAAAUCUGAAUUGAAGCCAGAUAGUGUCACCUUUGUUGCUGUUCUUUCUGCUUGCAGUCAUGCUGGGCUUGUUGCUGAGGGUCGUAGGUUGUUUAGUCGAAUGAUUAACAAGUUUAGGAUCGAACCACAGAUGGAGCACUAUGCUUGCAUGGUUGAUCUCCUUGGGCGUGCUGGGUUUUUAAAAGAAGCAAGUGACAUUGUCAAAAGCAUGCCAAUGGAACCCAAUGACUGUGUUUGGGGCUCCCUUCUACAGUCUUGUAGGAUGUACAAGAAUACAGAUGUUGCAGAAGAGACUGCCUCCCAUAUUUUGAAUCUGAACUCAGAAACAACUGGGAGCUACAUGCUGCUCUCAAAUAUUUAUGCUGCAAGUGGGAGAUGGGAAGAUUCUGCAAGGGUGAGGAUCUCAGCAAAGACAAAGGGUUUAAAAAAAAUUCCUGGUCAGAGUUGGAUUGAGGUGAAGAAAAAGCUUUAUGUGUUCUCAGCAGGGAACACUGUGCGACAGGGGUUGGAGGAAGUUUAUGGGAUACUUGAGGAAUUGGUACUUCAAAUGGAAAGCGAGUACAGCUCACCUGAUAAUUGCAUCUUUGGACAAAAUAUUGAUGGAUAAAAAAAUGAAAGGCUGCCUUUUGGUUUUAGUAAUGUUCCUCCUACCAGGUUAUCAGUCACAAACAGACCAAGUUUGCUUGGAUUACCAUGAAAGGUAACCAUAGGAUGUGCGGUUCAAGCAAGUGCUUCUAUUUUGCCUCAAGGUGCAAAAGGUAAAGAAGAAGUCCUAAGGCAUCGGCCUCAUACGUUAAGCCUAUGCUUUUGACGGCCAUCAGCCUUUUUACUCAGGUCGCAAUGUGAUAAUUGAGAAAACUGGUGGAGACCCCCAAGUCACAAAGGAUGGUGUCACUGUUGCCAAAAGUAUCAGCUUCAAAAAAUAGGCCAAAAGUGUUGGUGCAGAUCUUGUAAAGCAGGUUGCAAGCUACUAAUACUGCUGCUGGAGAUGGUACUACUUGUGCUAUUGUCUUAAUUCAGUUAAACGUCUCAAAUUAGUGCCGUUUUCCAAAAACGUCACUCACGGAGGGUUGCAAGUCAAUAGCUGUUGGUGUAAAUGUGAUGGAUUUGCGGCGUGGUAUCAAUAUGGUGGUUGUUGCUGUUAUAUCUGACCUAAAAAGCAAAGCAUCCAUGUUAAGCACACCAGAAGAAAUUAAACUGGUGAUGGACUUUUUAGAGAAAGUAAUUUUUGAAUUACAACCUGUUAGGAAACUAGACGCUGCUAAUUUCUCUCUAGGAUCUUGGGAUCCAAUCUGUCAAGAAAACAACAACACACAAGUACGGUAAAUGGUAUUUUACCAAAGAUACAGCUCGGUACGUUCCCAGGUAAGAUUGGAGGAGUCACACCGGUCUCACUUAAAAUCCAAUCUUUCCUAGACAGAACAUACACGUGUAUUUUUUAUUAGUACUAUAAACACACACAAACAUACACAAGACAAGAAAUUUAUACGUGGUUCGGCCAAUACUGCCUA